UCUUGUUCUUGUUCUCGUUCUUCUUCAAAUCGAAUCGGUUUUCUCGUUGUGAUUGCUUUUUGUUUAUUGUUUCCUACUUCACUCUAUUUUAAGCUCGUUUAGUGCGGAAGAGAUUGUAGAUAUUGUUGAGCUGUUCAUGAGGGGAAAGGAGCGUGUUGUAGUUGAUUUUGAUUGAUUCGGUUGCUUGUGUGCUCUUCGGAAGAAGGGGAACGGAGCAAAUUGAAUCAAGGAGGCGGAUGGAGAUAGAAGUUUUGGUUCCGAUUAGGGAUAAUGUGGAGGAUGAAGCUUUAAUGUUCGACCACAUAAAUAUGGAAAUCAAAACUGGGGAGAAUGGAGUUGGUGUUCAGAAGGGUGGUGUUUAUGCUCCUGCAUCAGAGAAUGGUGAGGGAAGUAGCGUUGUAUUCUCUAGAGAAGGACAUCUUGUGAAGAAAGAAUCCGUUCUAGCUCAUGUUGCCCAUGAUUGUAAUUCUAGUGAACAGAAUCCCAAGUCCAUGCUUGUGGUGACAGAUUUUAAGCAGGGGAAGAAAGGGAAAUCCAGUCAUGAAAAGAAACUUAGCAGACAAGACAGAUUUGAGUUAGGUCGAUUGUUUCAGGGCGCUGUAAGCUCACAUGAUUGGGGGCUUGCAGAGAGUUUGAUUGCGUUGGCAGAUCCUCAGACUCUUAAUGAUGCUUUGUGUAUCACCUUGGAUUCAAUCUGGUUUUUGAGCACACAGCAAGAACUUCACGGAAUAACUGGAUUAAUUAAGAACAUCAUUGUGAGUGGAGCUUAUGACUUUACAAGAGCAGCUCUUAGGACCUCGUUUCUGGCUUCGUGUGUCUCUGCCUGCCAGAGUCGAACAAUGAGUCUUGCUGAUACUGUAACCGUCAUGGCACAGAGGUUGCGUGAGCGUCUCCAAGAGUGCAAUGGAGAUGAGAUCUUAAAAGCAGAGGCUGGCAGUAAGGUUCAAAAGUUUACCGAAUGGGCUCUGAAAUGCAUUGGAUUUCAUUCUGGGUGCCAUAGGAACCAGGACCGAGUGAUUCAAAGCUCGGCUGCUGAGAUCCAGCUUCAGUUAUCCGCUUUCAAAUUUUUCCUAGAUUUUGCUGGCAAUCAACUUACUGGAAAAGAUUUCACAGAGGCCUUUGAUGCUGCUUGUUUCCCACUCACUCUCUUUUCUAGUUCUUUUGAUCCCGGAUGGGCAGCCGGAAUAUCAGCGACAGCAAUCCAAGGUUUAUUAUGUUUGCUGGUGGAGGGUGGUGCUGACAAUGUUAACCAGUGCUUCCUUGAAGCUUCUCGCUUCGGAAGCACAGAACUCGUGCGCAUUUUAUUACAGAUUGCCCAAAGGAACAGCUUGGACGUCGAUGUCGACCUGGCAUUGGGUUUUGCUUCUCACUAUUGUAAGAUUGGCACAAUGGAGUGUUUGGUGGAAGAGGGUAACGCCAUAGCAUUUUUGGGUCCUCUGAUGAGAGCAGCUGAAAGGGGCUGUUUGCCUGUUGUUGAAUGGUUUGUGAGAAGAGGUUGUCAGGACAUGGAACUCUGUCUUGCCCUCACAGCGGCCACGUCUAGCAGUCAAAUUAAUGUCGCCGAUUAUCUUCUUCCCCGUGUUCCUCAACACGUACUUGCUGCCCUUAGCAUUGAAAUUCUUAAGGCUGCUGGGGAACGGAGUAGUGGUUCUCUUGAUGGUGUUGAGUUUCUCCUUCAUUCGAACUUUCUCGGCGAUCCUUCUGCAACGUAUGCUGUAGCAGACAGUAUCUCCAAGUCGAGCGACGAGUCUGUUGCUCCCGAGCUCAGAUUUUUUCUUUGGGGGCACUGGUCGGAGGCAGCUUACUUGGAUGGGUUGAGACAAGGUCAAGAAAAUUACUUAAAUUUUGUACGGAUUUUGAGGUGGGGUGGAUCCCCAAUUUCUUUGAGAGAUAUUCCACCACCCCUCAGGGUUGCAAUAGCUUAUCUACCGCUGUACAGGGAAUGUAUAAAAGUGAAUGGAUGCUUGUUUUCACAAAAGCUAAGGGGGCAGCUGGUUGAAGCCGCUAGAAGGCUCGGAGGGGGCGGGGCGUUAGAAGAGGCGAGCCAAGGCAGGGAGCUAUUGGCUGUUUUGGAGCACCAUCUUCCUCCAUUUUUGAUUCACAAGUUCUAGGUUACUUAGCAAUGCUUCUCGUAUUGCAUAGGAAAGAAUCGAAGAACGAAAAAGAGAAUGCAAAAAGGAGCUUUGCGAGAUGUGAUCGAAAUUCAAUUCAACGGGAUGGCACGGAGCAUUUGCAGCUUGCCUAUUUUUCUUUCGAGCCUAUGCAGUCAGUCUCUGCCUGGUUAUUUUUGAGAUAGGUACACUGUUUUGAAUGGAUGAUUCAUCAUAUCUAUAUGUAAACGCACACGAUGCUAUGUAAUCUAGGACGUGAACCAAUCACGGGUUCUGAACGAUGUGUACAUUAUUGGUAUAUAACCAUCUUCUAUUCUCUUC